AUGAUAACAAAUACAAGAAGUCUCAAAAGAAACUUCAUAUUUAGGCAGUUAACAGCAUGCUACGAAAUCUUAAAGUCAAUGGAGGAACUAUCGCUUGCGUUUCUGUACCCAUUGGUUCUAGAAAGCUUGGAGACCAAGAACUUCUUCCUCCAGCUCCAUUUGAAGCUGACCCUGGAAUACUUGGAAUCUACUAAGCAAUAUCUGGAUUUAGAGGGCUUAGACGCACGUGUGAUUGACAAGCUAUUGAUAAGCUACAAAUCAAGAGACGGCUUAAAGUUCGAGGAAGGCUCGGAUCGCUACUUUGUUGAGGAAACGAUUAGCCACUUGGCUCAGCUGAGGGACGUACAAGAGGAUUUGUGGACUUAUGUCAGGGCUUCGGUGAAUAGUGAAAUGUGGUCUGCGAGACGAACACUGUGUUUUGGGAUCGUAGUUUUGAUACUUGUAUUGCUGGUUUCACCACUACUGAUACUUUUACUACGGUAUACAAUUAAUACUAUUCAGAAAUUCACGGAGUCAAUAGAAAUAAGUACACAAAAAUUAAUAGCUGAAAAGCAGAAGAGUGAUUUGCUCUUAUCAAGGAUGCUGCCUCUCCCAGUAUUAAGAAGGCUUCGUGCACAAAGGACCGUGCCCGCGGAAUCUUUUGACGCAGUCACUAUAUACUUCAGUGAUAUCGUUGGAUUCACGAAUAUAUCUGCGAAUAGCACGCCUAUGGAAGUGAUUAAUAUGCUCAAUAUGCUUUAUAAGAUGUUCGAUGAUAAAAUAAUGCAGUAUAAUGUUUACAAAGUGGAGACAAUAGGAGACGCUUAUAUGGUUGUAUCGGGACUUCCACAGAGGAAUGGAAACCUGCAUGCGUCAGAAAUUGCUGACAUGUCUCUAUCUCUAAUGAGAAGUCUGGAAGGCGCCAGAGUUCCCCACAGACCCGAGGAGUUUCUUCGUAUUCGAGCUGGCGUGAACACGGGACCGUGCGUGGCUGGUGUCGUAGGCACAACUAUGCCACGAUACUGCUUAUUCGGCGAUGCUAUUAAUACAGCUAGCCGUAUGGAAAGUACCGGAGAAGCAAUGAAAAUUCACAUUUCCCCGACAACCAAAGAUGCACUUGACGAGAUUGGAAAUUACGUUGUGCAAUCACGAGGGCUGGUUGAUGUUCAGGGCAAGGGCGUAAUGGAGACGUUUUGGCUCUUAGGAAAAAAAGAUGAGAAGAUAGAAAGCCCCAAGUGUGUUCGAUUACAGGAUUACGACCAAAAUGUUCUAGAACUUUUAAUAAGGUCUUAA